UGUUUGAGAAUGUGUUGUCAAUGUGUGAUUCGGUAGAAUUUGACAAGCGAACCUGAUUUUAGAUUAAUGAACUUUUUUUGCCAUCCAAACAGGCACAGUGUGGCAAGAAAAAUACGAUAUAAAUAACAAAAAAAAAAACACACACACACACAAUCGGGAAAAAAAUUCGAAAUCAUAAAAUUGAUCAUAUUAAAGUAAAUAAGUGAGAGCACGUGAAUAACACAAUGACCACCGUACCAACAGAAACAAAAUAUUUUGUUCAAGCAUUUCUACGUUUUCUACAAAAUCAAAUAGACAGCAGCAAUUUUUCGCCGGAUAUUGUUGAAAGUUUGGAAGUGGCCGCACAAUGCUUAGAAACGGCCUACGAUUUGCCAUCGUUAAGCAGUGAAGCUGGUUCAUCCGAUGACAGUCCAUUGAAUCACAUAAAUUUAUAUGAUAUUUACAAGAGCACAUGCUGCACUAUCAGUCCAGAUCGUAAAGAAGAAGCCGAAAAUAUUAAAAAUGAAGGCAAUCAAUUGAUGAAAGAGGAAAAAUAUACGGAAGCAUUGGUCGCAUACAAUAAGGCGCUCAGUAUAGAUGCAACCAAUCCGGUGUUUUAUUGUAAUCGGGCGGCUGCAUACAGCCGAUUGGGCGAUUAUCAAAAGGCAGCUGACGAUUGUAAAAUGGCACUGAGAUACGAUUCAAACUACAGUAAAGCGUAUGGACGACUUGGCAUGGCUUAUGCGAAAAUGAACAAAAACAAGGAAGCCGAAGAAGCCUACAAAAAUGCACUUCGUUUAGAUCCAGAUAAUGCCGACUAUCAAAAUAACUUGAGUGUUACUCAGCAGCGCAUUCAAGAAGCACAAAAUGCUCCACCAAGUGACGGUCUUCCACCAAACUUUGCUGAACAAAUGGGAGGAAUCAACUUUAAUGCAGCAUUUAAUAAUCCAGCUCUAAUGAACCUUGCAACACAAAUGAUGUCGGAUCCCGCCAUGCAGGAUACUAUUUCACAAUUGCGCAGUCAAUUGACUGAAAUGAAUAAUAUAAAUGGCAUUUUUGAGAUCGGUCGUCAAUUGGUUGGUCAAAUGCGAAAUCAAAAUCCAGAGAUGUUUGAAGCGGCCGCAUCGGCUGCAGCUGCCGCUGGUCUUGGUGAAAUGGGCGGUGAAAAUGCAAAUCAAAACAAUCCCGCAUCAAAUAAUCCUGAACAACCGCCACCAUCGUCCUAAGCACAUUACUCUCAAUAAACAAAUCACAUAAACGUCAUGAGACAACAACAAAAAGUAAUUGGGAAUCCGUUUUUUUUUUUCAAUUCGUCAAGCAUUUUGUUUUUAAUUCAAUAAGUCGUUCAAGCAUUGAAAUAUCUUUUAAAUAUUCUUACGUAUAUUUUGCCUUUUUCAAUAUUUCAAUAAAGUAAACUGAAGAAUAAGACGAGAAAAAAAAUCAUAGAAAUCUAUUGUUUUGCAAUGGUCAAAUGUAAUUAUAUCCAUUUUAAGAAAAAAAAAUGCA